CUUUGUGAACGCUUUGUUCGUCGGUUUCCCGGUUUUCUGUAAACGCUAGGGAGAGCAGAGGAAGCGGCGACCAUGGCGACGGAGCUGGAAGAACUUUUGGGCUUUCUCUCAUCUCCUUCUCCACCGAUUAAAAAGGCUGCGGUGAAUAUUCUUCGUGAUUAUACGGGAUCCGAGGAUGGGCUGCAGGCUCUUGGCAAGUACUCCACCGUUGCCGUUCCUUCGUUGUCUCGCCUUCUCGCUGAAAAGAAGGAAGUUUCAGAACCUGCUGCAGAGUCCCUUGUUAAUUUGUCCCAGAAUCCAGAUUUAGCUGGGAAAAUUGUCAAAAUGGAUAUGAUUAAAACUGUCAUGGAUAUUCUUUACAAGAAAGAUUGUGACAUCACCCACCUUCUGAUCAUGCUCCUUGUCAAUCUCACCCAGUUGGAUGUUGGUAUUGAAUCUUUGCUUCAGAUUGAUGACGAGAAGAUGCAUGGUCUGUACAUUAUGAAGCUGGUGAGAUCUUUCUGUGCAUCAGCUAGUGAUAGAAAGAGCGAUCCCUUCGAGCAUGUGGCAUCUAUACUUGUUAAUGUAUCACAAAAGGAAGCAGGAAGAAAGCUUCUUUUGGAUCCUAAGCGAGGACUUCUCAAGCAGAUUAUUAGGCAAUUUGAUUCACCAAGUCCAUUGCGAAAGAAAGGGGUCUCAGGAACUAUUAGGAACUGUUGUUUUGAAGCUGAAAAUCAGUUGCAGAAUUUGCUUUUGACAUCAGAAUUUCUCUGGCCAGCUCUACUACUUCCAGUUGCUGGAAACAAGGUAUAUAGUGAGCAGGACACUUCCAAAAUGCCACCUGAGCUUGCCAGUGCACUCUCAAUUGAACGUGAAGUAGUAACAGAUUCUGAUAUCCGUGUCCAAGCACUUGACGCAAUUUACUUGCUUAUCUUACAGGAAGCUGGGAGGAGGGCACUCUGGUCUGUUAACGGCCCUCGAAUAUUACAAGUAGGGUACGAAGAUGAAGAAAAUCCCCAAGUAAUGGAGGCAUACGAACGAGUUGGCUCAUUUUGGUUCAAGAAAAUGGUACGACUGAAGUGGCUUCAUAGCUUCCCCUCCAGUAUAUAUAACUGUUCUGGUUGCUCGUUGGCAUUUCAUGAAGAUUUUUCAGUCGGAUCAACUACCUAUGUCGCGAUGUCGCCUCGCCUCCAUGUCUGAAAGCUCAUAAAACUCAAGUUCCUCAUUCAAUAUAUUUACAUUGUAUUAUUAAGGUUUAAUUUUUGUCUGUGCGUGUAAGACAGGGAAAGACGGAGGGUUGCCAUGAAGCUUCCCUAAGAUUAAGAUAGGUGAUAGAUAAAUUGUAUUUAAUUGCUACAAGUCUAAUCUAUAGAACCUUCGUUUAGUGUAUU